UGUCCAUAUAUGACUGAAUUAUUUUAUAAGACAGGGAGCUUCCUGAGCUAUAAAAUCCUUCCUUGAGUCUCUGUUUCGAUCAGAAAAGCAAAAAUGGCUGAAGGAAGAAGCAUUGCAUUAAUGGUAUUGUUGUGUAUGUUGGUGCUUUAUUCUGAGAUGGUUUAUGCAGAAACCUACGUGGUUGGGGAUGCAGCUGGUUGGACCUUUAAUAGCAGUCAAUGGCCUAAUGGAAAGAGUUUUAAGGCUGGAGAUGUACUAGAAUUCCAUUAUCCUCCAUUGAUGCAUGACGUGGUGCAAGUGGAUGAGUGUGGAUACAACACAUGCUUUCCUAUAUUAGGAAGAUCAACUUUUCAUUUGUCAGGAAAUGAUCGCAUCGUUCUUUCUCAAGGAAUGAACUAUUUCAUCUGCGCCGUUCCUUUUCACUGCCUCCAAGGAAUGAAAAUGGCAAUCAAUGCUGCAUGAUAUUAUAAUAAAUACUUAUAAUUAUCUAUGUAUUUUCUUAUGCAUUUCAACACCUUUUCUUUUAUAUUUUAAAUUUACCCCUCUUUUUUGAACAUCUUGAAUGAAGAUACAUAUCAUUCUAUUUAGAUGAAUGCAAAAGAAGGGUGAAAAAAAUAUGUGCUAAUGUAUGUUUAAUAAGGACGACUUCUAUUUUAAUAAAU